AUGUUGUCUCUGUCUUUCUGUUGCUCAGAUAUAGAUGAAUGUAGUGACAGGGUGCUGGCCUGUCAGGGUCUGGAUGAAAUCUGUGCCAACACAGUGGGCUCAUUCCGCUGUGACUGUGCAAAAGGAUUCAUACGCCGAGAUGGUGUCUGUGUGAGGAAGCAGCAGCCAAGUGUUCAGGGGAAAGGUCUGUUUGAGGACAUGCAGGAUGAUGAGGUGGAAGUGCUGCAGCAGAUGUUCUUCGGGGUGGUACUCUGUGCUCUGGCCACGCUGGCCGCUAAAGGAGAUAUGGUCUACACGUCUGUAUUCAUGGGAGCGACGGCAGCCAUGGCAGGGUACUGGCUUUCUGACCGGGGAGACCGUUUGGUAGACAACUUCUUCAGGGUACGGUAACGCUCUGAGCUGAUCCAAAAAGGACUUCAAUAUUUAAGAAGGUAGAUCAAUUAGCAUGGGUUACAGCUCAGCAAGGCAGGUAACAAUCACUGUUCAGAAAAGUCAUUUGAAUAUUUUACAAUUACUUGUAAUAUGGUGAUAUGACUUAUUGAUAUUCAAAUACAUCAUACUAUGGAAAGCUCUAAUCAAAUCACCCUUUUCCAAUGGCAAGAGACAUUUUCUUAUGCUCACCUGCUCUGGCUGCUUGUGUGACUGGAUUGAUGGUUAGCCGGUCUUUUUCUCUCCCUUGGCUUCCACUUUGGUUAAAAUGUGUGGUUGAUUUACCUUCUCUCAUCACUGAGUUGUAUUUACAUUAAUUAAAAUGAAACUAUCUUGGCUAUUCAGCAGUGUUUUUAAUUCUCAACAUUCAAUGCAGGCACAGUUUUCGUCGCGACAAAGAAGAAAUCAUUGUAACCUUUAAUGAGAGAUGCAUUUGAAAGGGGUUAAUUUGUGAGGGUAAUCGACAUUAUACUUUUCAUUUCAACUAUUCCAUCAACUGUACAACUGUUGAAGUCUGAUUUUAUUAUUGUUUGAAGGAGCUUCUUUAUACAGGCACAUUGAGCCACCAAAAUAUAAGUUUUACGAUUGUAAUCGACCAAACAGCCUGCACUAAUAUAUGAACAUGUUUAUCUUAAGGUACCAUGUAAUAGAUUUACUUCUUAUAUUGUAUUUACAGUAGAUAAUCGAAAUACAAAGCAUGUACAGUUUAAUAUUUUUUCAACAAAUUGAACUUGACUUUUACCCUUUUCCCAAAAAGCAUCUU